UUGGCGGAGAGCGGCGGGAGCGGGACUGGGAUCGGGAACCCCCUCCCCGGGACCCCUUCGGGACCCUUCGGACCCCAUUGGGACCCCAUCGGACCCCUUCGGGACCCUUUCGGAACCCUUCGGACCUCUUCGGGACCCCUUCGGAACCCAUCGGGACCCCUUCGGAACCCUUCGGACCCCUUCGGGACCCCUUCGGACCCCUUCGUAACCCUUUGGACCCCUUCGGGACCCCAUCGGACCCCUUCGGACUCCUUCGGACUCCUUCGGGACCCAUUCGGACACCUUCGGACUCCUUCGGAACCCCUUCGGGACCCCUUCGGACUCCUUCGGGACCCCAUCGAACCCCUUCAGACCCCUUCGGGACCCCAUUGGACACCGGGAACAACCGGGAGCGGGACCCUCCCCUCCCGACAUCGGGACACCGGGAAGGGCGGGAUGCGACGGAGCUGAACGAGCGACUCCGCGACCGCGGAGGAUGAAGCCCCCCCCCCGCCUGCUGCCGGCUCCAGGCCCUGGGUGCUGCCCUAGGGGUCUGUGUCACCAUCGGCUUCACCCUCCAGCUGCUGGGGGGGCCGCUGCGGCGCAGCCCCGCGGCGCCGGCUCCGUGCGGGCCGCGCACGCACGUUGCGUUCCUGAAGACGCACAAGGCGGGCGGGAGCAGCGUGCUCAACGUGCUGCACCGCUUCGGCCAGCGCCGCCGCCUGCGCUUCGCCCUCCCGCGCCGGUACCAGUUCGGGUACCCCCGGCCCUUCCGAGCCGAGCGCGUCAAAGGCUUCCGCCCGCGGGGGCCCCCCUUCGAUAUCAUCUGCCAUCACAUGCGCUUCGACCGCGCGGAGGUCCAACGCGUGAUGCCCAACGACAGCUUCUACUUCUCCAUCAUCCGUGACCCGGCCACCUUGGCCGAAUCCGCCUUUUCCUAUUACCGCUCCAUCACUCCAGCUUUCCGGAAUGCUCCAUCCCUCCAAUCCUUCCUGGAGAGCCCGGAACGCUUCUACAAAGCUGGGAUAAGAGGGAAUCACUACGCCAAGAACCUCCAAUGGUUCGACUUUGGGUUACCCCCCGUGAGCGAUGCCGAUUCCUUGGCAUCCGCCUUGGAUACCUUGGACCAAACCUUCUCCAUGGUCCUGGUGGCCGAGCACUUCGAUGAGUCCAUGGUUCUCCUGCGGGAGGCGCUGUGUUGGCCGGAGGAAGCCAUCACCUCCUUCAUCCACAACGGCCGCGCCGCCGAGGACGUUCCCAAGUUAUCCCCGGCUCAAUCCCAACGCCUCCGCUUAUGGAAUGACUUGGAUUGGGCUCUCUACGUCCACAUCAACCGCUCCUUCUGGCAACGGGUGCGAGCUUUCGGUGUAGCCCGCAUGGAAUCGGAGGUAUCCCGCUUGCGCCAACGCCGGGAAGAGGCAUCCCGAAGGUGUCUCCAAGGAGGGGGGCCCAUCCCGGCUCCGGCUAUCACCGAUGGGAGGCUCCGGCCGUUCCAGCCGCCGGGAAGAGCGCGGAUCAUGGGAUACCAGCUCCGGCCCGGGUUAAGCGGGGAGGAGCGGGAGCGCUGCGCGCAGAUGGCGACGCCGGAGCUGCAGUAUAAGGAUAUCCUGGAUCGGUGGCAGUUUGGGAAUGGCACCGGGAUGGAGUGAAUGGGGGGGGGGGAAUAAGUGUGUGUGUGGGGGGUGUGUGUGUGUGUCCAUUCCUUAUCCCAGUGCCCCCCCCCCCCAAUACAAUAGCAUUGGGAUAUAGGGAUUGGGAGACCCCAAUGUGAAGGUUUGUGCCUCAGUUUACCCACUAUGGGGGUUUAAAUAUCCCCCCCCAUCUAUAAUGGUACAGCCCUGUGCCUCAGUUUACCCACUAUAGGCAAUGGGAUCAUGCCCCUAAAGGGGUUAAUCCCCCCCCCACAUAAUGGUACAGCCCUGUGCCUCAGUUUACCCACUAUGGGCAAUGGGAUCAUGCCCCUGGGGGGGGGUUAAUCCCCCCCCCAUCUAUAAUGGUAUAACCCUGUGCCUCAGUUUACCCACUAUAGGCAAUGGGAUCAUGCCCCUAAAGGGGUUAAUCCCCCCCCAAUCUAUAAUGGUACAGCCCUGUGCCUCAGUUUACCCACUAUGGGCAAUGGGAUCAUGCCCCUAAAGGGGUUAAUCCCCCCCCAAUCUAUAAUGGUACAGCCCUGUGCCUCAGUUUACCCACUAUGGGCAAUGGGAUCAUGCCCCUAAAGGGGUUAAUCCCCCCACACACAUAAUGGUACAGCCCUGUGCCUCAGUUUACCCACUAUAGGCAAUGGGAUCAUGCCCCUAAAGGGGUUAAUCCCCACCCCGUCUAUAAUGGUAUAACCCUGUGCCUCAGUUUACCCACUAUAGGCAAUGGGAUCAUGCCCCUAAAGGGGUUAAUCCCCCCCACACAUAAUGGUACAGCCCUGUGCCUCAGUUUACCCACUAUGGGCAAUGGGAUCAUGCCCCUAAAGGGGUUAAUCCCCCCCCAAUCUAUAAUGGUACAGCCCUGUGCCUCAGUUUACCCACUAUGGGCAAUGGGAUCAUGCCCCUAAAGGGGUUAAUCCCCCCACACACAUAAUGGUACAGCCCUGUGCCUCAGUUUACCCACUAUAGGCAAUGGGAUCAUGCCCCUAAAGGGGUUAAUCCCCACCCCGUCUAUAAUGGUAUAACCCUGUGCCUCAGUUUACCCACUAUAGGCAAUGGGAUCAUGCCCCUAAAGGGGUUAAUCCCCCCCCCACAUAAUGGUACAGCCCUGUGCCUCAGUUUACCCACUAUGGGCAAUGGGAUCAUGCCCCUGGGGGGGGGUUAAUCCCCCCCCCCCAUCUAUAAUGGUAUAACCCUGUGCCUCAGUUUACCCACUAUGGGCAAUGGGAUCAUGCCCCUAAAGGGGUUAAUCCCCCCCCCGUCUAUAAUGGUAUAACCCUGUGCCUCAGUUUACCCACUAUGGGCAAUGGGAUCAUGCCCCUGGGGGGGGUUAAAUGCCCCCCCCCCCCCCCAUUAUACAGCUUCGUGCCUCAGUUUACCCCAUUUAAUGGGCUCCUGGCCCCAUAUAGGGGCCAGUCCAUCCCAUUAUGGUACCAGCUUGUGCCUCAGUUUACCCAGUAAUGGUUUAAUGCCCUUAAGGGGGGGUUAAAUAUCAGCUCCCCCCCCCCCAUAAUACAGCUUCAUGCCUUAGUUUACCCACUGUGGGCAAUGGGUUCAUGGAGGCUGGUCCUAUAGGGUCCUAUAGGUCCCAUAUAGGGACCAGACCCCCCCCUCAGCCCAUAAUGGUACAACCCUCUGCCUCAGUUUACCCAUUAUGGGCAAUGGGACCCUAUGGGGGGGGGGGGGUUUAAUCUCCUCCCCCCGCCCCCAAUGGUACCGCCCCAUCUCUCAAGCCCCGCCCCCAGCCUCGCUUCGCGGUCGCUAUGGCAAUAAAGACUGGAAUCUCAGCGCUGA